GACCUGGUGGUUUCAGGGUGUCAGGAGGCAUUUUGGGGGGAGAGCAGUGACAGCAAGUUGGCGCGCUUAAACUAGGACAAACCUCACCUGCACGGAGGAAACCAUCUCUGUCUCUCUCGCUCUUUCUCCCCCUCUUCUGCUUUCUCCCUAUUCCCUCUCAUUUUUCUGGAAUAGUGCGCUCCUUGGUGUUCUUCGGGGAUGGAGCGUGUCUGGGACUGUGUUUCCUGCGCUGGGAUGUUUGUUCUCGGGCUGCUGUCGGUGCUAAAUGGAGUUGGAAGUUUUAACCUUUACGCAGAGCAUCCUUCGGUUUACAAGGGACCCGAUGGAAGUUAUUUUGGCUAUUCUGUGGACUUCUACCAAGCUUCCUCCGACAGCAACACGAUCAGUGUGUUGGUUGGGGCUCCCAAGGCAAACACCUCUCAGCCUGGUAUUGUGGAGGCUGGGGCCGUCUACUACUGCCCCUGGCCUGGACAUCCAGACAGCUGCAGACAGAUACCUUUUGAUGGUUCCAAUGAUCCAGACCCAGAGGGACAGGGGUUUUGCCAGGCUGGCUUCAGUGUGGAUUUCACCAAGGAAGGAAUGCUGGUGGUAGGAGGACCUGGGAGCUUUUACUGGCAAGGUCAGGUAAUGACAGCGGGGAUAGCCGAGAUACUGAACGGCUACUCUCUGAAAGCAGUGCUGAGACGGGUUCCAGGAGAGAAACACACUCGAGCUGCUGAAGACACACACGACGACAGCUACCUCGGUUACUCUGUGGCAGUGGGGGAGUUUACAGGAGACUCUGAACAAGAAGUGCUAGCCGGAGUCCCAAGAGGAGCACAGAACUUUGGAUAUGUUGUCAUGAUCAACUCCACCAAUCUGACCUUCAUCCAGAACUUCACAGGGGAACAGAUGGCCUCCUAUUUUGGUUACUCAGUGGCUGUCACUGACCUUAAUGGAGAUGGGACCGACGAUGUGCUGGUUGGGGCGCCCCUCUACAUGGAGAGGGAGAUGGAGAGCAAGCCCAGAGAGGUGGGGAGGGUCUACCUGUACCUGCAGAUGGCCCCACUCACUUUCUCCAAACCUGUUCCCCUCACCGGCAUGCACACCUUUGGGCGAUUUGGCACGGCUAUAGCACCGCUAGGAGAUGUCAACCAGGAUGGAUACAAUGACGUGGCAGUGGGCUGUCCGUUCGGAGGAGAGGACCGUGGAGGCAGAGUAUUGAUCUUCAACGGUAACAGAGACGUGGUCACGCAAGGCCUGACGCUGAGCCAAGAGCUGAAAGCGGCCGGGACCCCCAGUGGCAGCUUGCCUGGAUAUGGAUUCACUCUGAGAGGAGGCCAGGACCUGGACAGCAAUCAGUAUCCUGGUAAAUACUCACACUCGCGAGUCAGUGUGUAUAGGUCUCAAGCUGUGGUGUCUGUGGAAGCCGAAAUGAUCUUGACUCCAAGAAUCCUGAACCCCGAUGACCGACAGUGUCACCUGCCUGAAACAGACAUCAUGGUUACCUGUCUGAAGGUGGAAGUGUGUGCAGCAGUGAGCGGAGUGGGGAUCCCCAGCUCUGUAGACCUGAGAGCAGAGCUGCAGCUGGACUGGUUGAAAGGCAACAGAGGCGGAGUUAAGAGAGUUUUGUUCCUGGACACGCAGCAGCCUCAGCGCACAGGGCUCCUGAAAUUGGGACACAACCGCCCACGUUCAUGCCUGAGCUACACCAUGUACCUGAGAGAGGAGGAAGAUUUCAGGGACAAAUUGACCCCGAUCUCACUGGCUCUGAACUACAGCUUGGCCCCCCCAUCUCAUGGCCAAAACCUCCCGCCUGUCCUCAACCAUUACAGCAGCACCUUCCUUCAAGAGCAUGCUUACAUUCUCCUGGACUGCGGUGACGACAAUAUUUGUGUCCCCGACCUGGAGCUCUCUGCCAGCAUGGACAGCUCAGAGCUGGUGAUUGGAGACGAUAAUCUGGUCAUGUUGACCAUCACUGCAGUGAACCAAGGAGAGGGAGCCUAUGAGACAGAGCUCCACACACUGAUCCCACCGGAGGCCGACUAUAUUGGAGUAGAGCGUAGAGUGGAGUCCCUGUCUCAGCUGAACUGCGAGUACAAGAUGGUCAAUGAGUCGAGAAUGGUGGUGUGUGACCUCGGGAACCCAAUGGUGGCUGGGACAGAGCUGUCUGUUGGUUUGAGGUUUUCUGUCCAAAGGCUGGAUGAUGCCGGACCCAAGAUCAGAUUCGAGCUACAGAUCCACAGUUCCAACAAAGACAACUCCAACAGCAACCCAGUCAGUUUAAAUCUGUCCAUCGCUGCCAGAGCUCGACUUGAUUUACGCGGGGAUGUCUCAUCCCUCGCAGGUGUGCUGCCAUUCCCACGGCUGGGCCCAAAGAGAGCCUGUCAAAUGAGACGACGUGGGACCGCAAGGUCACACACACUCUAUGAGCUCCAUAACUCUGGUCCCAGCAGUAUUCAGGACGCGGAGCUGCAGGUCGGCUGGCCUUCCCGUUUCCGUGACGAGAACCUGCUGUAUGCCAUGGAGAUCAAAACUGACGGACCAAUUAGCUGCCGGACGAACACCAGCCUCAACCCACUUGGCCUUCAGAUUUCUUCUAUCCAGGACACACCUGAGCUGUUGGGUUUCUUGAGGAACGCCAGCGCUCCUCAUCACCGCCACAAACGAGCCACCACUGCAGCUGAGAGUUACAGCGGUAAAACCUUGAACUGCACCAACGUCUCCUGUCUGAGGAUCACAUGUGUGGUUGGCCGGUUGGAUCGUGGGCAGAGCGCGGUGGUCAAGGUCCGCUCGAGACUCUGGGCUCAUACUUUCCUGCAGCGGCGUAACGACCCCUACAUCCUCAACUCUUCUGUGUCCUUUAUCGUCACAGCCAUGCCCUACCGCAUCCAACCCUCCAGUCUGCCUCAACACACCUCCUCUAUGGGGACCCUGGUGCUGUGGGGGACUCCUGAUGUCUCCUUUGCUGUCCCCCUCUGGGUCAUCAUCCUGGCCAUACUGCUGGGGCUGCUGGUGCUUGCCAUGCUAACGUUAGCCAUGUGGAAGUGUGGUUUCUUUGACCGGGCGCGGCCCCCAGCUGACGAUGACAUCUCCGACCAGGAGCAGCUGACUUCUGAUCAAACAGGGGACGCAUAGGAAGAUGUGGGACAACCUACUAUCAAAAGACUGUGGUUUGGGAGGGAUGAUAACCUUCUGAGUAAUUUAAAUCAGAUCUGAGAUCUGUAUUAGUCGGAUCUUAAUUUCCUUGGCUGGAGGUCCUCUUCCUCUAUGGUAAUGAAACUGACAGUCUGAAGAGCGCAGCGCCACACAGGCUGGGACCAAAGAACGAGGUUCAGAGUGGGACCAAAACACACUAAACCGGCCCAAUCACACACACACAUGCCCAUUGUUUAUCUAUGGUGAUGAAGCACCAGGACUGACGUCAGAAUGGACUUUGUUGUGAAGAUAAUGCUUUAAAUGUUUCUGAACAUUUCUGUGUGUGUGUAGCUGAAGCAAGUAGACAUAAGAUGUAUGCACAUGUGCUGUUGUGAGUGAGUGAGAGAGUGUGUGUGUCUAUGUAUGGGUGCAUGUAGGUACUGUACAUAUGUUAGUGUCCUUUAGGUGCAUCUCAUGUCAACCUUUCCUUCAGAUGUAAUUAUUUCCCACCCUGAUUGUAUUUAUCUGGGCUGUAUAAAGAUUUGUACACACACACACACACACACACACACACACACACACACACACACACACACACACACACACACACACACACGCAGAUGCAGCCACACGCAUAAACAUAAAGGCACAGAGUUAAUGUCUAUAUUUAUGAAUGUAUGUGCAAUAUUUGGAAGUUGUGUGAUAAUGAAGCUUGUUUACACUGGCAUUAUUUUAUUAGAGCUUAAUGUUUCCAUUGUCUAUGUAUUACUUGGUAUAUUAGAAAUAAGUGAUGCUGAACAACAAAGCAAUUGUUCGGAUUGAUUAACUGUAAAGUCCCCCUUGUACAUUUUGAAGAGCAAGCAGACAAAUAACUAACUUAUUAUUGUCUUGUCUGAUACAAUGACUUUAAAAUGUUAUCUUAAGAAGCAGAUCAUAUGUCCACAGCUGAAGCCCUGUCCAUAUCAAAAACCCAUAGUAGUAGACAGUCUGAGACUGUCACACACAUACUGUGUAAGGCAUUUUAAAAGUGUGAUUCAUGUUGCCAUUUGCUUAUUUGAUAUUAUUAUCAUUGUGCACAGGCAGGCAGAACACAGCUGUCAGGGCAUCAACAGCACGCUGAAUACAAAAUGAACCCUUAAUGUGUCAUGAUUGAGUUGUGCGUUUUUGUUAGUGUGAAGUUUGAUCAGAAUAAAGUUAUGUUUGAUUA